AAUUAAAACAACAACAAAAAACCAAUGCAAAAAGUUAAGAAAAAAUCAUCCAAAUAACAACAGCUUAUAAAUACCACACUUCCAAUAUAAUAAUAUUUAUAAAUAAUAAUAAAAAACAUGUAUAUAGUGUUGCUUAGAUAAAUUCUAAAAGAAUUAAAAAAGAAAUAAGUUUAAGUGUCGCCUGAUAAGUGCCGCAAUAAUAAUAUGCCGAAAGUUUAAACAAAAAUUUAGGAAAUUUAUGCCAAAACGCACACAGAGAGCUCUUAAAUUAGCGGAAUUCCUAAAUCAAUUCUAUUUCUAAUCAUAAAAAGGAUAUAGUUAAACCAAAUUCAAAGUAAACAAAUCAAAAAUAAAGCAAAAUAAACAUCAAACAAUAAAGGUCGCUUGUUGCUAAUCGCCAUUAGUUUAUCCGUGUGCCUGGCCUGUGGCAGUGUGUUGGUGGCCGCGAUUGCCCUUCGCCGCUCAUCCAACGCAUCAGCAACAUUGACCGCAGCAGCAGCAACAGCAGCAGCAGCAGCAACUACUGCAACAUCUGCAGCAGAAGCUGGAGGCACUGCAACAACGCGCCGGAUACGUCACAAACGUCGCUCGUCGCAACGACGGCGCAGCAAAAACAACGCGGUGCUGUCACCUGGGAUCGGUAUUGGGAUUGGGAUCGGACAGGAUACCAAUUCUGCUCUGGCCCUGCCACUGGCGACAACAACAACCUCAACAUCGGGCUCCACAGCAGCGGAUCAGACAGCUAUAGCCGCAACAGCAGCAGCAGCAUCAGCAGCAGCUGCAACAGUAGCAACACACGCAGCAGCAUCAGCAACAGAAACAACAACACUUUUGCCAAACGAGCCGGAACAUUCUGUACCCAUGCUAUCGGUACAGACGGCCGGCUGCGCGGGAAUGGAGCGGCUCGGCGUUCCGACCCGCACAUCUUUGAGCACACCACCCGAUGAUAGGGAUCAAUUUAGAUGUAGAAUGCGCGUAGAUGCGCUCCAGGCAUGUGAGCUUCUGGCUGUACGUGGCGAGACUGUGAUUCGUGGCGCCGCCAGCAACAAUCAGCAUCAUCAACUCCAGCAACAGCAGCAGCAACACCAUCUCCAUCACAGCAGCAAUAAGCAACAACAUUCCCACCAUCAGCAACAACGCAUGACAACUCCAAGCACGCACAACUCUGGCGGAGCAGGAGGAGGAGCAGCAGCAGGAGUAGGAGGAGGAGACCACCAUCAGCAGCAACAGCAGCUGAGCAGCAGCAACAGCAACAACAGCAACAACAACAAUAGUAUUAGCAGUAAUGUGGCGAGAGGCGGCAUUGAAGCCACCACGCUUAAGUACGGCAACACGGGCAGCGGGAGUGGGAGUGGGUGCUAUAAGGGCGACUGCGGCAACUCUUCAACGGGAUCCUCUUGCAGUUCGCUGCAAAGCCACAGCAAUGACCACCACCAACAUUACCAGUACCAGCUGCAGCAGCAGCAGACGCCUCGCUGUCCUCAUCACGUACCACUGCCGGACAGCGAGUACGGACAGGAUCGCCAUCUGCAGAUUAGGAGCAGCUAUCAGCAAUCGGAAAUCACCAGGUCGUACACCAAACCGCCGCCCAAUAAGACAGUGCGGGAUGUGCCCGAGCAGAUCUCGGCGGGUGGCUGCGGCGUCUCCAGCUCCAGCUACCGUCUCACCACGCUCCAGGCCGCCUCCUCCACGUUCUCGCCCACGGCCGCAUCAGUGUCUGCCUCCUCAUCGUCCAGCAAGUCCAAGCCAAAUGCUAUUAGCAAGUUCUUUUCGCGGAUUAGUUCGCCCAAAUCGCCGCCAAGCUGUUCGCUGUCCUCAGUCACCUCUGCUUCUGCCUCCUCUGCGUCCUCCGUAUCCAUGUCAUCGUCUGCCUCUUCGCUGGCCUCCUCUGCCUGCGUGUCAACGUCAUCGUCUGCCUCCUCGCUAGCCGCUGUGCCUCUGGCCACGCUUCCAGUUUCGAAUGCCUCGCUGCUAAAGAGUACGGCCUGUGGCUAUGGCACGAAUCCCAGUGCAACGCAUAUCUACGCAGGACUGGGACCCAGCACGCAACUGCUGACUAGCUUAGGAGCCGGAGUUGGAGGAGGAGCGGCAGCGGGAACGCCUAGCGGGAAUUGUAGUCCGGAAAGAAUACCCACACCGCCGCUGUCUGUCUCCGUGCCAAUCGGUGCUGGCCUGCAACCGCUGAGACCAAGCGGGAGCAGCAGCAGCACCGCUAGCUUACCCGCCGCCGCCGAGACAACGCCAGCCACUCAGUCUUCCUUCUCCGCUGGAGUGGCGGGGGAUCUCCUCCCGCUGACCACGAUGAGCCGCAAUAAUUCCAACUCUAGCAUGAUGAGCUGCCACUGCAGCUGCAAUAGCCGAAAUUGCAGCCACUGUGCGGCCAACUCAUAACUGAGCUCGUGUUAAGUUUAAAACUACAAUUAAAAUGUACCGGGGAUGCUGCAGGAGCCGCAAGAAAUUUCCAAGGCGGAGAGCAAACAUGUUGAACGUAUCACUAGCUCUGCUGGAAACAUGAAAGCCUAAGAUAUGAGUGCAACUCAUUAAUAGAUCGUUUUCGGGAGCUAGUGAUUUCAACAUUGUUGUUAAAUUCCCAACAUCCCCAAGACAUUUAUAUAUACAUAUAUAUAUAUAUAUAUACGGCAUAUAUUUUUUUAUGUUAGCCUAUGUUUAAACUAUUAUGUUAAAGUUUAACAGAUUUAUUUUGUGUAGGUCUGUCGCCAACUUUUGCGCUGGUACGAAAAGACUGUUUAUUAGUCAGAAUUUAAUUUGUAAAUGGAGUUAAAAGUAGAGAAGGAACGACAGUUAGAAAAUUAUUUCGGGGGAAAGGAAAGGAGAAGAGAAGACAGGUACGCUGCCGCCUUUAAGCACUCACCAACAGCAUAGAACAUAGAAGAAGGUUUAUUUAGUUCUUGUAAAAUCAUUUCCAUUCACCUCAUGAGUUUCUUUUUUUAUGUAUAAAUUAAAGUUGGGCAGACAUUAAAAUACCAUCAAUUUGAAUAACAAAACGGCAAAAGGAAUGAAAGAAAGUAAUAAUGAAAAUAAGUGAAUAUGUAAUGUAAUUUUAUGAAUGAAUAUUGUAUACACACCACACACACAUUUUAGUUUGAAUAACUCUAGAUUUUACGAAAAGCCACUCUUAACUAUACUCUGUCCCUUUACCCUUCUGUCCCCCUAUUAUUAUUAUUAUUAUAAUUAUUAUUAUUCUUAUGCAUGGCCCAUGUGCUGGAACACACGAAACACACCACACACAAUUUUUAGUUCAAUUGAAAUU